CUCACGUGAACGUAGUACUACCAAAAUCGAUCGUUGCCAUGAUUUGAGUGCAUUAGAUAAACACAGGAACAAGUAAAUCCAACUCCGUGUGUGAGGUUUCUUAUCUGUUCUUAUCUGUUGUCUACUAAGACCAGAUUUUACGUAAAGUGUGUUUUUCUUGGCUAAAACAAUAUUGACGUCUAUAUUAUGUUUUAUAGACUUUGUCUGUGACACCAGUUACUUCCGCUGUCGUUAUGCAAGUCUUUUGUAGGAUUCUAAUAUUCACGAUGCCUGGAAUAAGCCGAAUUUGAACAGAAUCUGAGCAUCACAAAAUCAAGCCCUCCGUCAGUAUGAGUGCGAUCCGCUCGUCCGUGCGUCCCAAGAGUUCCAAACAGAACUGGGGGACGAUCAUCAAACCGGAGUUCGGACUCGGGUACCAGCGACUGACGAACUACGAGAUACAACAGACCGUCGAGCGACUGUACAAGGUGAAAACAGAGGAUGGAAGGACUUACGACCAGCCAAGCAAGUCCAUGUCAGAGAAGGAGAUCCUUCAGAUGUUAGAGCGUCUGACCAAAGAAAAGAAAGACAGAAUUCCGGACAGCGACAGACGAGUAACGUCGUCCAUAUACCGCGACAUGGGAGUUGUCGCGUCGUACGCCUGGAAAGGAUACAACUAAAGGGAGAUCACUCGAUAUAAAUAAAACUGUAAAAUGGACAUAAAUCAACUGGUAUUUAAAGGAAACAAAACCAAAAAAAAAUCAGUUGUGUAAGAGUGUGUGUGUGUGUGUGUGGGUGUGGGUGGGGGGUUGGGUGUGGGGGUGGAGGGGCACGGGGUCCAUGUCCCACAAUCAAACCUUUGUUUUUACUGUAUUAAAUGUUAUAAAAUCAUACAUACAUAGUGUGGGUUGCCCCCUCCCCCCCCCCCCCCAAAUGCAAUAUGGGUUGACUCCCCAAUAUAAAAUCAGUGAACAAAAUAGUCAUCGGACGAUCCUGAUGAAACGCCCGCAGUUUGGAUGUGUGACACAAUCAUAUGAUACCAAUUCACAGCAGGGCGAAAACCAAUAUGGAAUGGGGCGUGGGGUCGGGGUGGGUGAGGGUGGGUAGGGGAUAUACCCCGAUUAAAUACAAAAAGUGCCGUUUCUUCUUUAAAACUAUUACCUGGUAAAGGCUUUGUUAUAUUGUGCACUGAUUCUUCUUUUACCGACCCCACCCCACCUAAAUAUGCUAGACACCACCCUGCACGAAGGUAUUGUCUUAAUGUGUGACAUGAUUUUUAUUGACAGUUAUAGUUAACAUAGUAUUUGCCAGAAUGUACGGCUGAAUAAUGACAUCACCCAGCACCUCUGUUUCGGACGCGUAUGUUUAAACCAUGGAUGUAUUAUUUUUAAAUAAAUAAAUAAAUAAACCAUUGAAAAGGUGGAUCGUAUUUGCUGUUUUCAUUAGAGAUUAGAGUUGGAGAUUGUUUUCUUUAACAACACCACUAAAGCACAUUGUUAAACAAUUGGUAAUUUUGACAAAGUCUUAGAGAGGAAACCCUUUCAUUAGUAGCUAGAGAGAUUAUAUAUUAGGAUUGUCACAUAACCAGAACAAGAUAAUGUAGAUCCUCACUGUGCGUGAAUACGUGGAUUUUUAUUUAAUUUGUAUUUUAUUUUUUAUUAUUAUUAUUUUUUAAAUAAAUGGAUCUAAUAUUCA